CGUAAAAUCUCGCGAUACGCUCAGCUCGGGACCAAACUGUCAUGGCCGCGCCUAUCUACAAUCACAGGCAUCUACUCUAAGGAAAACAACAGCAGGCAUGAGUUUUUUUUCAUAUGUAGAAGGCGACGUGUGUGUCAUCUUGAUAACUUUAAAGUCUUUUGAAAGUAUUUCAAUAAAGAAGAUGAAUAACAGAACAGCUUCCUUUUUAUGGAACCUCAGACAACUCAGUACUUUAGUUCCAACAUGCAGAACUAUGAGACUGUAUCCUUUGGCAUUUUGCAGGCCAAAUAUUGCUUAUUCAAACUGGAACCGAAGAAACCUCUUAAAUAUCUUUGAUAAUAAAAUGCAAUCAUCUAUUAGAUAUGUCUUUCAGGAUGCUUUAAUUUUUAAAUCAGGAGGUGAUGGCUGUCAAACAAAGGGCAUAAGCACAGUAACAGUCUUUAUAGUUGACAAACUACUUUGUCCUAGAAGACUGUCCUUGGAUUCAAAACACUUUCUUGCCUCUGAUAAUGAACUGAAGAAAAGCUUUCAUCAGGAGGCCUCUGAUGAAGAUGUUCUCACCAAGAGAAGAAAACCAACCCUGAUCAAUAGUAGAAAACUAUCUGAGGAGUGUAAUUCCCUGAGUGAUGUGUUAGAUAUAUUUUCAAAAGCACCUACAUUUCCUAGUAGUAACUAUUUCUCAGCCAUGUGGACAGUUGCCAAACGGAUGUCCGAGGACCAGAAGCGCUUUGAAAAACAAUUGAUGUUUAACCACCCUGCGUUUAGCCAGCUGUGUGAACAAGUUAUGAGAGAAGCCAAGAUCACGUAUUUCGACAACCUGCUGUUUAGUCUUCAUGCUAUAGUGAAGCUUGGGAUUCCUCAGAACACGCUGCUCGUUCAGACUUUGCUGAGGGUGGUCCAGGAACGUAUCAAUGAGUGUGAUGAGAAAUGUCUUUCAGUUUUGUCAACUAUCUUAAACACAAUGGAGCCAUGCAAGAAUGUGGAUGUUCUUCUGGCAGGAAUGCGGAUGCUAGUUGAUGAGCAAGUUUGGAAAAUAAAACAUGUCUUCACAUUACAAACUAUAAUGAGAAGUAUUGGAAAAGAUGCUCCAAUUGGUCUUAAAAGGAAAUUGGAGAUGAAAGCCUUGAAAGAAUUAGACCAAUUUUCUGUUUUGAAUUGCCAGCACAUGUUUGCGGUACUGGCCGCCAUGAAUUACCGUUCUGUUAUCCUUCUGAAUGAGUGCAGUAAGAGAGUCACAAGUAAUAUCCAUGGGUGUCCUUUUAAAAUAUUGAUCAACAUAUUGCAGUCUUGCAGGGACCUCCAAUAUAUUAAUAUAGACCUUUUUAAAGGAAUAGCAGAUUAUGUGGCUACAACCUUUGACAUCUGGAAGCUGAAAAAAGUUCUUUUUCUCCUCAUUUUAUUUGAAAACUUUGGCUUUCGACCUGUUGGUUUGAUGGACUUGUUUAUAAAGAAAGCAGCAGAUGAAUCUGGCUUCUUAAAUGUGAAAAGCCUUGUCUGUAUUCUUAAUGUAUAUUCUUCUCUCAAUCACUUCUACAAAUGCCAGACCCACGAGUUCCUAGGAGUUAUGGCCAGUGCUCUGACUGGUAGUCUUCACCACAUAUCUUCUGAAAACCUGUUAAAUGCAGUGUGUUCAUUUUGCUGGAUGAACCAUUUUCCCCUGGCCCUCAUUAAUCAGCUUCUUCAAAAGGACGUCAUUGAUGAUCUGCUGACGUCAGGUGACGUGGAGAGGAAUGCUCACAGGCUGCACGUCGUGGCUGCUUGUCUAAAGCUCGAUGACGCUCCUUGUCACGAGGACCUGGACUUGGCGCUGCCGCGGUUGUCCCCCGCACCCUCAUGUCCUCAGCCAAAGGUUGCCGAAGCACUGCGUGACCUUCUGGGAGAAGGACGCUUCUCUCCAAGUGUACGGUUGCCGCACAAUUAUUUUAUCGAUUUUGAAAUCAGAAUGGAUAAUGACCGGAGCCAAGUGCUCCCAUUUUCCGAUGUGGAUGUGGUGACUUCUGCAGAUAUUCAGAGAGUAGCUGUACUCUGUGUUCCUAAAUCUGCUUACUGUUUGGAUUCAACCCACCCCAAAGGAUACCUUGCUAUGAAAAUGCGGCAUUUGAAAAUAAUGGGUUUUCAUGUAAUCUUGGUCAAUAAUUGGGAGGUGGAAAAACUACAGAUGAAGGAUGCUGUCGCAUUUUUGAAGACUAAAAUCUAUUCACCCAAAGCACUGUCUGCUGCUGAUACACAUUUGCAAAGCACAUGUUAAAGUAAAAAGCAACCUUUUAAUGUUUUGAGACCUGAAUUUGUAAAAAUAACUUUAAUAAAUACUAUAAUUCA